CGUCACUAUUCCCAUCAUGCUUAAAUCAUGAUGCCCGUCAUCUACGCGAACAUGAUCAACUUAUGCUGUUGCUUGUUUUACGUGUAAAAGUUUCCAUUUGGUCUCUACAUAGUCUAUAAUUAUUCCAGAUUAAUUAUUUUGUUCCAAGGAAACUAUCGAACACUAUGAUGCCUCUCAUAGAGAUGUUUUUCUAUCUAAACAGGCCUAAGUUUUAUGCUUAGACAGACAAGUUCUUUCAAAAUGGCAGAGUUGCCCAGUGCACACAAAAUGGCCGUGAAAGUGGAUAGCCAGUCUGGCAACCAGCCGAUGAAGGCUGAAAUCACUAGCAACGAUUUUGAACCGAGACCAGCAUCGGUCAUGGUUAAAACUUGUGGAGAUAUUCCCAAAAAACGGACUACAUUUAGAAUCUUAGGCGUCACAAAAAAUGCACCACGUAGUGGGAAUGAUCCUUUGAAUGACGAUGGAGAUAGUCUGGAUGAUCUUGAUGAAAGCCAUACGGAAGAUUUUAGUUCGGAAAUCUUUGACAGUUCCAAGAAUACUGAUGGGGACCAAGAUACACCAUCUGAGGAUACUACACAUAAUCUGACACCCGACGAAAUAGUUGUGAAGGAGAAAACUGACAUACACUCGAGAUUCAAGGUGGUUAAAAUAGAAACCAAGGAACCAUUUCGCAGAGGACGGUGGGUAUGUUAUGACUUUUUGGAUACUCCGGCCAAUGCAGAAAGGAAUGAAAUUAAAUUCAUGGAUGAUGCUACAUCAGGUAACUCGAGUGCUUGUAGCUCUGUUAAUUAUAUUUUUGGUGUCGAUGAUCCAUCGAAAAAUCCGUUUCUCCCCCCUGUCGUAACUUCUGUCGAUGCUGUUGCUAAUGUAUCUUUCCCGGUUCAUCAGUCUGGAAUUCACGCACAGUCUAAUAAUGAGACUUUUAAACCUAUUCAGACACCUUCCCAAUCUAGCCAGUCUCAAACCCAAGUUGCUUUUCAACAAACUUCCGUUCAAACUGAUGCUGCUAGUGUAUCCGGAGCUAAGAUCCCAGGUGCUAUGCACACGAAUUCAAUCAGUUUAACUACUUCCAAUACAUUACAGUCUCAAACGCAUGUGAGUCAGGGACACCAAAAUUCUUCAAGCACUAGCAAAGCACCUGUGAAUUCAUCUGUGAACUUAGUUAAUCAGACCGUUGUGACCUCAAAUGCUCAAGCUAUCCCAGGGUCGCAGUCUGGUUCUACUAUAAGAGAGUCUAGUAAUUUGACGGCUCCCUCAAUACCGAAAGUCCUUCCGUCGCCUGUUACGAGGGCCAACACUGCCCAGGGUGGGACUCCUAUCAUUCAUGUUUCCAAUGUUUCAAACACUGAUGUGCAUGGGUCUGCUAGUAUACCUACCGUGAGUAGUAAAUCGAUGAAUGUGCAAAGUGCUCAACUCCAUUCGGUUCCUGUUGUGUCACAGACAUCUGCAGGUCACCAACAAGGUACUGUUUCAGUAAACAGUCACAUGCCACCACCUGGUGCGGUCACUCCUGUUUUAAGCCAUCAACCUCAGGACAGUAAACAAGAGAAGCCUGUUUCGGUGCUUGGUCAUGAUGUUAAAGGAGAUCAUGUUAACAUACGUCCAGAAAACAUUCAACUGAAUGACACCUUUGAGUGUGACAAACUUUUUGAUGCUAACUUUCAUAUGACUGCACUCUCUCUAACACCCCUCACAACAGCAGUCAGUGAAAUGGGAACCCCGGCAAAAGAAGGGAAGGAAGACAGGUUAUCGCUGCUUUUUGGCCAAAGUGCCAGUGGUUCAAGUACAGUAGCCAUUGAUAAUAAAAUAGAACAAGCAAUGGACUUGGUGAAAAGUCAUUUGAUGUUUGCUGUAAGGGAAGAAGUAGAAGUUCUGAAAGAACAAAUCAAGGAAUUGACAGAGAAAAAUAACCAAUUAGAGUAUGAAAACAGUAUUUUGCGAACUUCUGCAAGUCCAGAUACAUUAUCAAAACUAAGUCAACCUCGACCACAACCACCUGCUGCGACCACUUCUUAACAGUAUGUUUACCUGGUCAGUGCAGGAAUAUCACUGUUAUGUCAAGCUAGUGAUAUAGUGGUGUAUGUAACUAUGCCAUCUGGCUGGAUUUAUACUCUUUCUAAUUUCUAUUGCCACCUCUAUCACUUCUAUCACCAACUAUAGGAAAUUAUGAUUUCAAGCACUGCUUCAAGCCGAUGAAUGAAUUCACUUACUACAGCGGCUGGCUUGCUAGAUACCAUGAAGAUGUCAAGACGGGUUGGUUGACAAAAAGUUUGAACAACAUCUUCCUGAAAACAUGAAACUGUUGGCUUUCCUUUUGUUUUGAUUAUAAAAAAAAAAAUGUUGUUGGGAGCAAUGAGUAAAUAAAUGGUUAUGGCAUUUGAAAGUAAAACAAGUACUGAAAACAGCAUGAUAGUUGGUAUGUCAGAGCCAUUGUCACUGAAGUUAUCAUUUUUUUUUUUUUAAUUCUAUUUCGUAGACAUAUUUAAUUUUUUUUUAAUACAUAUAUUUUUUUUAAUUACUCCAACUAUUUUAUUUAAUACUCUACUAAUUUACAUACCUGUUUAUAAUCUCCCCACCCCCACCAGUUGUUACCAUUUGAUUUAUUUUCCUGAUUUCACUCCAGAGAAAAUGUAACUCUUUGGCUGCUCACUGCUAUUGGAUGUAACAAUCACAAUCCUUAUUAAUUUGGCUUUUCUGUGUUCAGUGACACAAAUCUGCCUUGUUUUUUUUCUUUUCCUUCAUUUUUUUUUUUUGGACACAUUAAGAUUAAUAGUUAUCUAAAUAGAUUGUUAAUCUUUUAGGCUUCAGUUUGAAGUUGACUUUUUAUUGAUACUAUUUUCAUUAAAUGGAAUAUUUAUUUACUUAAGCUGAUUGCUAUACAAUAUUUGUAUAUUCUACAGAAAACUGAUUUAAUUAUCAAGUGCUCUUGUUUUUAGGGUCUUAUUCUGAAAAUAUUUCAAGAAUAUCAGUAGAUAUAAUUUUUUUUUCUUUUACUCUUCAGCUUUUAUUUUUAUUACUAUUAAUAUUGAAAAGAAAAUCAUUAUAAAUAUUAAAAAGAAAUUAUUAUUAUUGUUAUUACUAUUAAAGAUAAUUUAAUUCUUUGCUAUCUUAAUACCACAAUGUUUUGCAAGUGCAUAAUUUAAUUAUUUUUCUUUAAACAAUGUGAUAUUUGAAUUUCUAAAUUAAAAAAAAAUUCUAUAUUAAAAAAUAUAAAUUCAAAAGCAGUUUAUUUUCAAACUUGUGAAUUACCUGAUUUGGAGAAACCUUGGUUUUACUUCCUCUUUUCAGUGCUGCUUUACUACAAUUACAUUUGUACUUCAACUGAGCAUUUCACUGCUUGACAAAUGGCAGUUGAUCAGAGUAGCCAAAGGCCAAUUCUACAAGUCUUCGGACUUUGAUAUGUAUUUGCAACUUACAUUCAGCUUACAUAACACAACAUUGCACAUUGCAACAUACAUGAGAUUGCUUGCAGGUAUAUUUGCAGUCAGAUGUGAGCAGGAACACAAGCAGUUCCUAAGAUUGUAUAUGUAAACUUUUUUGAAGUGCAUUACAUACUAUAUUGUAUGUUUCCUUUGUUAACUUCUCACAACGUGUAGAAGUUUAAGCUAAACUUAAUAAAUACAGUACAAUAUUUUAUACUCAGGCAUUCAAUGAAUGGACAAAGCCAAGGCAAAAAAAAAAACAAAUAAAAAAACAAACAAACAAACAAAAAAAAAAGAAUACAUUUGAAUGUAUUAUUCAAUCCAAACAUUUAUAUCUGUGUAUAUAUCUGUGCUGUAUCUUUUUAAAAAAUCCUACUCAUUUGCAGUAAAGCCAGAGGUUAAACUGGUACUGCAGCUGACAAAACUGGCAGCAUUCUUUUAAUACUGUCUGUUGAUGCUUUCUUCUUAUACCGAAAAUGUGGAGUCAGUUUUGCAUAUGUGCCCACCAUCCCUCUUAACUAUAAGAUGUCAGAACUGAACAACUUUUCACUCUUGGAUUAUCCCUUACCCCCAUGAAAAACAAAUAUAUCAUUGUAACAUCUUUUCUUGUAUAAAUGAAUAAACUGAAGAUUUUUAUUAAA